UGUCAGACUUUAUCCGCACUGCUCUUCUUAUGCUCUGUCGCUUCUCUCAUUUUUUCAUCACUUGCAGGAAACCACAAUUUCUCCAUCCCUCCCAUCACAAAUAUAAUAGCAUACGAAAAUAAUGCCUACCCUCAAGACAACAUGCUGCAGCUCACCACAAAUCAAGCAUCAGGGGAGCUAAUCAAAAGCUUCGGCUGGGCGUUUUACGAUAAAUCUGUUCCGCUAUGGGACAGCUCCUCCCGGGCUCUAGCAAAUUUCUCUACCUAUUUCCAAUUCAGCAUCAAGCUAGGCAAUAAUCCUGACACCGAUUAUGGAGACGGAAUGACUUUCUUCUUGGCGCCUUUCGAGUUGGAGCAACCAGAGAACGCUUAUGGCGGAGGUCUCGGCUUGUUUAACGACACAACCUAUAAUGGAUCAUUCUAUCAGAUGGUUGCUGUGGAAUUUGACACUUACCAGAAUGGUUGGGAUCCCUUUGGCGAUCAUGUGGGAAUCGACGUUAACAGUAUUGUGUCCAAAGCAAAGGUUUCGCUGAGAAACUUAAACAAGAGCUACAGCCUCUGUGAUAGAAGUCUGAAGAAUGGAGAGCAAUGGCACGCGUGGGUGGAUUAUGAUGGGGGAGCAAAGAGGCUGCAAGUGUUUCUCUUCUGCAAACCCAAUAGCACCACUGUUUCUAAACCCCAAAUCCCAAUCUUAUUUCAUGAUAUAGAUCUCCGGAACUCUCUCCCAGAAAAAAUCAAGGUUGGUCUAUCGGCUUCUACUGGAGCCUCAACAGAGACACACACUGUAUACAAGUGGAAUUUUUCUUAUGAAUAUUCGUGGGAUAUCUCACCUGCACCUUCUCCAAGUAUCACUUCCAAUGAACAGAACCCUCCAAAGGGCAAGAGCAACAACAAUUCUGUCAAAGUUAUUUUGAUAGCAGUGUUCUGUAGCGUUCUGGCUCUCUGCGUUUUCAUAUUCGUUGUCCUACGGUGGAAGUUCAGAAAAAGCAUACGCGGUGUUGAGGAAGGCGAAGAGAGCGAUGUUGAGUUGGACGAAUGGUUUUCUCAGGGCCCCCGAAGAUUCUCCUACGCCGAGCUCUGUGCUGCAACAAGAAACUUCAGUGAAGAUGAAAAGCUUGGGCAAGGGGGCUUCGGUGGCGUCUACAAAGGCAUCCUUCCCGGCACGGCAGAGGCGGUAGCUGUGAAGAGAAUAUCCCAAGGAUCCAAGCAAGGAAGAAAAGAGUAUGUUUCCGAGGUUACCAUAAUCAGUAAACUCAGACACCGCAACCUUGUGCAACUUUUAGGAUGGUGCCAUCAAAAGGGCGAGUUACUUCUAGUCUACGAAUACCUGCCAAACGGGAGUCUGGAUAAGUAUAUUUUUGGGGAGGAGAUGGAUACUUUGGAUUGGGAUCGUAGAUACAGUAUCGCCUGUGACAUAGCCUCGGCUCUUCUCUAUCUGCACGAAGAAUGGGAUCAGCGUGUUGUUCACAGAGACGUGAAGGCGAGCAAUGUAAUGUUGGAUUCUGAUUUCAACGCCAAGCUGGGGGAUUUUGGUUUGGCAAGAUUGGUGGAGCGUGAUCAGGUGGCUUCCCAUACGACCGUGGUGGCGGGUACGCUGGGGUAUUUAGCUCCCGAGUGCUACAUAACGGGGAAGGCCAGUCCAGAGGCGGACGUAUACAGCUUCGGGGCCGUUGCACUUGAAAUUGCCUGUGGAAGGCGGCCCGUUGACCGCACACUAGGUGAAUAUAAUUGUAGAUUGGUCGAAUGGGUUUGGUAUUUGUAUGGACAAGGAAAGCUUUCAGAUGCUGCGGAUGGAAAACUUGGAGGAAAUUAUAAGGAGAAAGAAAUGGGGCUGCUGAUGUUGGUGGGGCUGCUGUGUUCUCAUCCAGACCCCACGUCAAGACCUACAAUGAGAGAGUUGAUAAAGAUAUUGAAAAGGGAAGCAGAAUUGCCAUAUGUUCCUCUGGAUUUGCCGGUUGCUGUGUACAAUAAUCAGCCUCUUCGUCUUGGUGUGACGUCGGUCGGACUUAGCUCGUCCGUUGUGAGUGAAGUGUCCAUGUCCUCAAUGAAUGCGUCUGCUUUCUCAUCAUCUACGGCUUCAAGUGGCCCAGUCAAAAUGUCCAGCCCUCUAUUGUUCAACACAGGACUUUACUAGCUUAAAGUCUUUAGGCUUCUUGGUGAACAAUAUCAAUGUCUAGA